GAGGGCGGGGCGCGAGACGUUCGGCUCCUACUCAGUCAGCGCUCGAGCGUUGUAGCAGCACACAUCCUCUAGCCCGGUCACUAUCCGCCCUCCACAGCACCGUGAACCGUGCCAGCGCUCGAGCGACACAGCGCGCGGUCAGAAUUUGGUUUCACUUCACGGACCUCAACGUGAUUUUCCUGCUUUAUUUUCCUCACAUGCUUUUAAACUGAAGAAGAGCGGAGUUUUUUUUUCUACCAGCGGGACAAGCUCGGCGACACCGGGACACAGAGCGGGGAUAAGAGCGAGGCUUCAGCUUAUUAUAACCCGGGACACUGGGCAUUAUUCCUGCACGAGAGGACGGUACUUUGGAUUACUCUGACGCACAGUUGUGACUGGAAUACACCACAAAUAUAACUACAACAACGUGCCAUCUGGUUCUUAGCAUGUCGCUUUUCAUAAGUAGGUAAUACAAUACAUGAGCGGAUGCAUGCAUUAAUGUGCGCUUUGUGCAGAUUUUAGCUCCGGGAAGAGCGGUAACCUGUAGCAGAAUAGCAGAAUAAAACGUUUCAGGAAGCUUUUUUUUUUUUUUGAAAUAACCCAAAACUUAUCUGACAUUGUCUUGGAGCGUGCUCUGCGCCUUUUUUUGAAUUCGAAGAAACCUGCGAAGCCCAGACAGGAUCAGGAUGCAUCACAGCUGAAACCACGAGUCCGGGACUUUGGUGUUGAAAUCAGAUCGGACGGACCUCCAGGAGCCGAAUCACGAUGAGUCCUGACGGUGCCAUGUUGGCCCUGCUACCGACGCUGUGCCUGCUUUCCGGAGCCACCUGGGCAGCGACUCUGGGCGGGCUGGGAGACAAAAUUAAAAUUCUUGUGCCGGAGAAGUUCCAGGGCGUGGCCAACUUCAGCACCUUCCUGCUGGACCGUUCAACAGGCACGCUGUUCCUGGGUGCCAGGGAUGCCAUACUGGCUGUGGACACCGACAAGCUGAACCAAAAACCAAAAGUGAUUGUUUGGGAUGUGCCGGAGGAGAAGAGGAGGUCUUGUGUGGCAAAGGGAAAGACGGAGGUCGACUGUAACAAUUACAUCCGUCUGCUGGAAUUUCUUGGCGACGGACGCAUCUACGUGUGUGGCACCUACGCCUUCGACCCCCAGUGUGCCUUCCUGGAGCUCUCCUCCUUCACCCUGGAGAAAGCCGAGGAUGAAGGGGUGAAGAUGGAGACGGGGAAGGGCAAGUGUCCCUUUGAGCCGAGUCAGCACUACACAGCUGUUAUGGCAGCUGGUACUCUAUACACAGCAGCCACCAGUAACUUCCUGGGAACGCUGUUCGACAUCUCCCGGGCAACGGGCGCUGAGCAGGAGCGCAUCCGAACUGAGCGAUCCAUCAACUGGCUGAGUGACCCCGAGUUUGUGAGCUCAGCCUUCAUAGAGCAGUCUGCAGACAGCAACCCGACAGGAGACGAUGACAAAAUCUACUUCUUCUUCACCGAGGUGGCCAAAGAGUAUGAUCUAUACACCAAAGUCAAAGUGCCCAGGGUGGCACGCGUCUGCAAGUCUGACGUGGGAGGGAUGAAGACUCUGCAGCGACGUUGGACCACAUUCCUCAAGGCCCAGCUGGUGUGUGAGGACAAGCCGAGCGGUCAGCGCUACAACAUCCUGACUGAUGUUUUCACCACGGAACACACACCGGGCGAUCCCAGCAGCACACACUUCUACGGGCUGUUCACCUCCCAGUGGGAGCGUGAAGAGUUGUCAGCAGUGUGUGUUUUCAGUCUGUCUGACAUCAGCAAAGUGUUGGACGGCCCCUUUAAAGAGCUGAAGAAGACCUGCGAGAACUGGAUCAUCCCUGAACCUGUUCCCACACCAAGGCCUGGCCAGUGUUUGAACAAUGCUUUGAAGGCUGAGGGCUUCGAGUCCUCACUCAAACUUCCCGACAAGGUGUUGACAUUCGUGAGGGACCACCCCCUGAUGGAGAACAGUGUAACUGCAGCGCCCCUGCUGGUGCGGAAGGGAAUCCGAUACACCAAGCUGGCUGUAACUCAGACGGGCAGCGAGGACGACGAGUGGAGGGCAGCAGUGCUGCACCUUGGAACGGAUCGCGGGGAGCUCCACCAAGUGGCAGUAGUGGGCCAGAACGCCACCUUACUGCAGGAGCUUUCUCUGUUCACCUCACAAGAGCCUGUCAACAAUAUAUUGCUGCACCAGGGCCGGGCUCUGGUGGGCAGCCCUCUGUCUCUGGCUCGUGUCCAGGCUGAAGGCUGCUCUCUGUAUCCCAGCUGUGUGGUGUGUGCCAGAGCCAGAGGACUGGGCUGUGUGUGGAGCACAGAGGAGGAAGCCUGCAGGCCCACAACAGCAGAGCCUGGUCCAGGUGAUAUUGUAGACAACGCCUUGAGAAAGUGUGAUAUAGCAGAGGGGCGUUGCACCCCGUCUAUGAGGGAGCUGCGAGUCUCUGUGGGUCUGCGCCUCCUGUUGCCGUGUGUCCAGCUGUCUCCCCGGUCCUGUAGCUGGGAGCAUCCCCCCCACGGACACACCCGGCAGCACCACUCUGACCUGGAGGUGACUGUCACCAAGGACAGCCUUGGGAAAUACAUAUGCACAUGCCAGGAGGCGGGACCAGGUAGCAGAGACCCCACCCCCUGCCGCAGAGCAGCCUAUCACUUGACACUGGAAGGCCCCAGUGCUGGAGGAGCCGUGGCGGCAGCAGGAGGUCGUCACGUCCUGGCCAUCUACAUCCUUUUCUUCAUCCUGGGUUUAGCGUUUGGUGUAUUUCUCCUCUACUUCGUGACACGUCGCCGCAGCAUUGCCCGCCAGGGUCACCACCUCCCUGAUAAUUCGCUGUCAUCAGAUAAAGGGCGGGACUUGCUGGGCUCCUCAGCCACGCCGCAGUCUCCCAGCAGUGCCAGCCUGCUGUCCGAGGGAUUCAGAUUGACAGAAAAACGCAACGGGACGGCGACCACAAACACGACCACAACGCUUCUAAGCAACCAGGGGAAUGGUGGUCACCUUGGGAACAGCUACAGCGACACCCUGAUCCACAGCAACCCCAGCAACGGCCACGGGAAUGCUCUGUAUGCCAACUGCAACACAAGCAGCAGCGGGCUGAAGUUAACCUCUGAAAUUUUAGCUGCAAACUUGCUGGAUGGAAGGACGGGGGAGAGGGAGAUGGGGAGGCCUGAGGCGGUAGAGAGGAAGUUGAGGGAGGGGGAUGAGGUGGAUGAGGGUCUGGGGGACGGGUUAGGGGAGGGAUUAAAAGGACUAGAGGAGGAGAUGGCCAGCUUUCCCAUGUUUAAAUCACCAGCACCACUGGCCAAGUGUGAAGAAAGCUCAAUAUGAAAAGAUACAAAUGUUGACCGCACCAUUUUGCAUCCUCCAAACAAACUGAAUAAAACCGGGAGGACGACAUAAUGGCUACUGUCAAAUGCCUUUGACUGGGAGAUGUGGCAUGAAGAGAGACUACAGAGAUAUAUGAGAAAUAUAUGAUAAUUCUACGCCAUGCAUGUGAGAGAGAAAACGUGUUACAGUGCUGUGAGUCAUUCAGGAUGAGAGCCACCGCUAAAUAAAUGUCAGAUGUAAUAUAAAAUGUAAAUAUGAACAGUCUGAACUUGACUGUGGACACGGAGCUGAGUGUGAUGUCACUCAAUUUAAAUGUUUAAAAAAAAAAGAAAUCAAAGAUGAAAUGUCUACAUGUGUAGACAUAGAAAAGCCAUAUUGUCCUUCUCCUUAACUUAACUGCUGUUGUUUGCUCUCUCAUUCUCUUCUCCUGAUGGCACUGCAAAAGAAAAGUGCACUUUGAAUGUCUCAGCAUCUCUCUGUAUUUAUGUUCCUCUCUCUGACACACCAUUCAGACCCCAGACCUCAUCAGGUCCAAAGGCACCAAGGGACUGCUGAGCCAUAGACUGCCCGGUCGGAUUGCACGGGGGGGCCUGGGCUUCAAACAGAGAGGUGUCCCUCUCGGAGACUAAAGACCCAUAAAGGGAGUCCCUCACAUGGGCUACAGUGACCGUGACCGGGCUGUCCCUGCCUACACUUCCGCAGAGGUCAAGAGGGCGAUAGGGUUCGAGGACACCUGCCAGAUUUGUGUGAAUGUGGAAAGUUUAAAAUGCACAGCAGAUGCAAGUGACAGCUGCCCAGAUCUGUCACUGUUCACCUUCACAGUUACUGAGGCAGGAGUUAAUGAUUUUUUAAAGAUGUGAAAUUCAUUUCAGUCUCACGAAAUGGACCUUGCCAGACACAAAGUCACCAUCACCUCGUUUUGUGAGUUUGAAACUUAAAAAAUGUAUUGUUUUUGUCAUGUUGUUUUGUAAUAAAGCCUAAAAAAG